UCAUCAUCAUCAUCGCCAUCUGGAUUCAGUCGUGCUGCUCAUCAUGCGCUGUGAUCUGCUGUGAGUUGAUGGCCUCUGAUGGGUCUACAGUCAGAGAUGUUGAUCAGAAACAGAAGCAGAAGCAGAAUAAAGCAGAUGUGGAGGAUUCAGAUGCUCAGGUGCAGAUACACAGACUGACCACUGCAGGACACGCGGCGCUGCGGAGCAGAGAUUAUCAUGCAGCGCUGCAGCACUUCAAGAGCGCAUUCAAAACCGCCAGCAAGAGAGAGCGGCGUGUACGCAGGGCCUGUGCACUGAAUCUGGGCGCUGCAUAUGUGGAGUCUGGAGACGCACAGAAGGGUCUGGAGGUGUUGAUGCGUCUGCAGCCGGGAGCGAGAGGACAGCGCAUGGCAGACCUGCAGUUUAACCUGGCCACGGCACAUGAGGCGCUGCAGGAGCUGGAACAGGCCAAAACACACUAUCAGCAGGCGGCGCAGCUCUACAGAUCACAGGGAGACGCAGAUGCAGAGGGAGACGCAUGCUGCAGACUCGCACACUGCCAGCAGCUCACACAGGAGUGGACUGAGGCUGCAGAGAGUCUCCAGCGAGCGGCUGAGAGCUACAGAACGGCUGGAAACGCAUCUGCUGCUGCUCUGGUGCUGAAGGAUGCUGGGAAGCACAUGCUGCAGAGCGGCUGCUGCGCUCGUGAUGACAUCAUCAGUGUGCUGACCGACAGCCUGGAGCUCAGCGCACACAUACAGGACCAGGACACACGCG